AUGACAUCCAAUGAUGAAUUAACAAUAGCAGAAUUAUUUGAUUUUGCUUUUGAUCUUCAACAAAAACUUGAAACAAAUAAAAUCGAACAAAAACUUGAAACAUUUAAUCUUGCAAUAAAUCGUUUAAAAUUAGCUGAAGAAAAACUUGAUGAAUUACAUUUAUUUUCUGAUAAUGAAGAAAUAAAUGAAGUAUCAACAAAUGAAUUACGAUAUUUUAUUCUUUAUGCUUUAAUUGGUUGGCUUUAUGAAUAUCGUUCAUCAAAUCGUGAACAACGUUUAGAUGAUAUUCAUUUAGCAAUAUCAUAUUUUAUUAAAUAUUUACAAUUAUGUAAAAAUUAUGGACUUGUUCAAAAUAUUCCAAAAGAACAAGAUGAUGAUAAUGAAAAAUUUCGUUUACAUGUUUCUGAAGAUCGUCAAAUAAAAAUUCAAAAAUUGAAAGAAAAAAAAUUACUUGAACAAUCUGUUGCGAAAUUACGUGAAAUAAUGCAUGAUAUUAAUCGUGUUGAUGAUGAAAUUAAACGACAAUUAUAUAUUGAACAAAUAAAAUGGUGGAUUAAACAAACUGAAGAAGAUAUUAUUGAAUUGAAAGAUGAAAUUAAAUUAAUUCAAUUUUCUAAAGAUCCAUUUCCACAAAAUAAUAAUACAACAACAGCAACAGCAACGAAUAAAUUACCUAUCGAUGGACCAUUUACAUUAGUUACAACAAAAGAUCGACUGUAUAAAGAAGCAGUUGGAGGAGCUGGCUAUCCUAGUUUACCAACGAUGACUAUACAAGAAUUUUAUGAUGAUCUUACUAAAAGACAAUCUCAGCAACCAAUUCCACCUCCAAAACCAGCUCGAUUAUCUGAAGAACAUUUAGAUGAAAUUGAUGAUGAAACACAUCGACAAAAUGUUCGUCUAAUGGAUGAAUAUAAAGAUGAUAAUCCACGUGGUAGUGGAAAUCGUUAUAAUCGUAGUUAA